AUGAGUUACUUCCUGGUGCUCAGCAAAUGCCACGGCGACAGCGUCCUGUCUCAGUACCAGCGUCUCCGCGACGACCACAUGUGGGCAUGGAGUCCUGGAGGCGAGUAGUCAGUUCCCCUGCCCGUUGGCUCCUGGCCUAAUUGCCCAUUUCUUCUGGUAGCUCCUGGAAGGGGCUUUCUGAGAUCCCAGCAGACCCUCGCCGGGCCCCUCCGGCUGCCUGCGCUCACCCCCACGGGCCUGGAGCGCCUGCUGGACUUCAUCUACUCGUCCUGGCUCCGCCUCUCGCCCGCCACACUGGAGGAGACGCUGGCGGCCGCCUGCUACCUGCAGGUGACCAGCGCCGUGGAGCUGUGCGCCCGCUACAUCUCGGACAACCUGGCCCUGGAGAGCUGCUGCUUCUUCGUAGCGUGGCGUCCCUUCUGGGCUCUCCGGCGCCUUCGAGGCGGCGAGCAGCGUGCAGCGCCCGACACAUCACGGGGAGCUGCGCAGGUCAGCCGGCUGACCAGCGGGCCUCCAGGACUCAACCUGGGCUCGCUGCAGGAGGCCCUGGGGGCCGAGGACGUGCCGGGGGUCAGGGAGUCCGACCUGCUGCGUCUGGCGCUGGACUGGCUCGAUCGCAACGAGCUCCCGGCGCUGCACAGCAACCUGCUGCUGAGCCGCGUCCGUUUCGGCCUGGUGGGUCCGCAGGAGCUGGAGCAGCUGACCGCCGGCCGCUCGGCUCUACGGACGCCCUUCAUCCGCAGCCUGGUGGACAAGGCCCUGCGGUACCACACCCAGGGGCCCCUGCAGCCGCUGCUGCAGAGCGCGCACACCCAGAUCCGGGCCACCGGGGGCGGACACGUGCUGCUGGUCGGGGGGGGACCGGAGGCUGACCGCCCGCAGCGGCUGGUGCAGAGCUUCGACCCGGAGAGCAGGACGUUCCGGACGCUGGCCACCCAGCUGCCCGGCCGGCUGCAGCACCACUGCGUGUGUGUGAUCGGGGGCUUCCUGUUCGUGCUGGGCGGCGAGGAGGUGGAGGCGAUCGGCGAGAGCGAGAAGGCGGCCGUGAUGACGGUCAGCGAGCGGGUGUGGCGCUACGACCCACGCUUCCAGCGCUGGGCCGAGGCCGAGUCCAUGAUCCAGCGCCGGGCGCAGUUCGCCUGCUGCGUGCUCGACGGGGUCAUCUACGCCAUCGGCGGCCGAGUGGAGUCCGGCGAGCCGGCGCUGACCACGGCCGAGAGGUACAACCUGCGCGCCGGCUGCUGGCGGAAGAGCGUCACGCUGCCACACGCCGUCCAUGGUCACGCGUGCGCCGUGCUGGACAAGUCCAUCUACAUCUCUGGCGGCAUCCACGGCGAGGCCAUCGAGAGCAGCAAAGACGUCCUGCACCUGGACAUGCUGGAGGGCCACGUCUGGGCCAAGCGCGCCGCCAUGUCCAUCGCCCGCUUCGGCCACCAGAUGGCGACGGUGGGCGAGCGGAUCUACUCCUUCCUGGGGAUGUAAUGGUGAAAGCAGUUCUGGCGACAUCGAAGGCCACGACCGGAACUGGACCAGUGGACACGCCUCCGGCCGCUGCUCAACGACCGCUUCUGCUACGGACUGUCGGCCACCUCUGAUGGGCGAGUGCUGCUGUUCGGCGGCAGGAAAUGGCACGAUGGACAGGAAGUGGUCAUGUCCAAUGUGAUGGAGUAUGACACAGAGAGCGACGCUUGGCGGGAGCUGUGCAGAAUGCCCGGUCCACUCUGCGGGACACAGUAA